AGAAUCGGUAAAUUCUAUUCUGGUCUAGCGACAAACUAUGCAGUUGUGAUUGGUGCUAAACCUGGUGAUCGUCGGUACUUCAGAGGACGCGUUGCCUGUAUGCAAGUAUUUGGCAGAGCGUUGUCAGCAGCUGAAAUCAGAAUGCGAAUGAGGACAUGCUUUAGACCGCGUCCAACCGUAAAACCAUCAACCACACGCCCUCCAGUUUGUGCAUCAAGAGUUGAUCUUGGCUUCUUGUUGGACGGUUCGGGAAGCAUCAUCCGCCAAGCUAAAGGCAACUUCAGACGUCUCAUUACUUUCAUGAAGGUGUUCUUGAGUUUGUUCCCCUUUAGGGGUGGACAAACUAGAGCUGGUGUUGUCCUCUUUUCCACCAGAGCACAUUUGUUAUUUGGUUUUAACCGAUACAAAAAUAACAAGAGCAUAUACCGAGCUUUAGACAGGAUAAGAUAUCCUCAUGGUAAGACCUAUCUAGGCCGCGGGCUUAACUUCGCUGGAAGACGCCUAUUUAGAGGAGGUCUUAAUAGAGGUCGUAAAAGGUUCCUCGUGGUGUUAACUGAUGGUAUAUCUGUGGAUUCUGUACUUCGUCCCUCGGCUAUGCUCCGUAGGAAAGGAGUAGAGGUAGCAAUGGUUGGUGUCGGUCGAAGGCUAAGACGUAAGCAACUUUACCAAGUGGCUUCAACAAGGCGACACGUGUUUGUUACUGGAUUUAGGAAAUUAUUACUAGGCUCUAUGCUGUUCCCUUUGAAGGGAUUAGCAUGUAGUCCGUUCAAGCCAACUGCUGCACCAACAAGUGGACCAUCUGGAUGCCAGAAAAGGAUUGAUAUCGUAUUUGCUGUUGAUGGUUCAAGUAGCGUCGGUAGACGAAACUUCCAACGCAUGAAGACCUUGCUCAGACGAAUUGCUCAGAGCUUCCACAUCUCACGAACCACCAGCCGUGUUGCUGUUAUAGUCUAUUCUUCACGAGUUAGAGUCGCAUUCAACUUCAAUCGCUAUACAAAUGGAAAAACCCUUGACGCUGCGCUCCGAAGGCUUACAUAUCCACGGGGAGGAACUAGGACUGGAUUGGCUAUGAAUAAAGCUAUGCAGUUAUUCAAACGCGACAAAAGAAGAAGGAAAGCUUUAGUGAUUAUCACUGAUGGAGAACCCGGUGACGAUGUAACUCGUCCUAACCAGCUGCUCAAGAAGGCAAAGGUCGAGAUCUUUGCUGUCGGAAUUGGUAGACGAAUCAGUGAAAGGAAUCUGAGAAAGAUUGCCACUGAUGGAAGACAUAUCUACAUGGCAACUUUCUCAAGCCUGCUUAAAAUUGUCAAUUCCCUCAAGACAAGAGUCUGUACUGGUUUCACUCCAAUCAUUCCUACCAAAGCACCAUCCACGAAGCCUACUAGAAAACAAGGAUUUCCUGAUCCCAUUGCUGUGUUUCCAUUGGACAUCAUCUCAAAGACACGUGAUACUAGCCGAGGCCGUAAUUCACCGGGCGUUCCAUUGCGCAUUCGUUACUAUCCGGGACCGUAUGGUAGACCUAACAAAUCAACUUACUUCUAUGGUGGAGCAACAUCGGUUAUCCUAUUCCCUAAUAAUGGCAACUUGAAAGCUAGAGAUUCCAUAACAUUGAUCGCUUGGAUUUAUCCUGAAUCUGGUGGACAAAUCUUUGAAUACAGCAAAGGAGUGAGAUUAAUCGUCAGUAGAGGUGACACUCUUUAUUUCCAGGUUGAUCGAAAACAACCUGCAGUCAGAGUAAAGAAAUUACGAAGAAGACAAUGGAAUUACGUGGCAGCAACAUAUAACUAUAGGACUGAGAUGGCUAUCCUUUGGUAUGAUUCGAUACCAGUUGCACAUAGACGAAUCCUACGUAGACGCCUUCAGACCCAACGGUCUGUCAGCAUGGGACGUUACUUUAAAGGACGAAUCAUGUGUAUGCAGGUGUAUAAUGUUGCCCUUCAUAGAAGACAGAUUGAAAAAUUGAAACAUUUAUGUACCACACCAGGCCCAACAACGAAGCCUUCACCUACACGCGGACUGCCGCCAGCUUUAGCUUUCUACCCUCUAAACUCUCGAUAUGGUGGCCGUGACAUAAGCCGUAGCCGUAAUCCACCUGGACGUAUGGCUAAUAUUCGUCCUGGUAUUGGACCAGAUGGUAUCCCUGGAGGCUCAGUCAGGUUUAAAGGACGAACCAACAGUUAUAUUGAGUUCCCUAACCGUGGAAAGCUCUCCGCGAGAAACUCCAUUACCCUUCUUGCCUGGAUCAACCCUGAUGGUCCUGUUGGCCCUAUAUUCAACUAUAAGACAAACGGCUUUGGCGUUCACUUCUGGAUGACCCGUCCUAGAGAAUUAUUUGCCAGAUUCGUAACCUCAAGGGGAUCCUUUACCACGCCCUUAAAGUCAAGAAGAAUACGUCUCAGGGCGUGGAAUUUCGUCGGAACUACUUAUGAUCACAGAUCUGGAGUCGCUCGUUUGUAUAUCGACAAUAAAGAAGUUGCUAGAAGAAGAAUUGGCCGAAUAAAAUUAUCGACUAAUUUCCCUGCUAGAAUGGGAGCGAGGAUCGGAGACAAUAGAGCAUUCCGUGGUCGUAUUGCGUGUAUGCAAGUCUAUGAUACUGCAUUGACCAUUAAUCAGAUGCGAUUGGCCAAAAAACUGUGCUUCAAGACAAAGCCUUUCACAAGACCUACACCAUCAACCAGACCUACAACAACAAGAAGACCAUUAUCACGCUGCAAUGCUGACAUUGAUCUUGGUUUUGUUAUCGACGCAUCAACUGGAGCCUCCACACGAAACUUCAAACGAGUAAUAAGCUUCGUGAUGUCACUAGUGAGGUCAUUCAAGAUAUCUAGAAGCAAGACUCGUGUAGGUCUUAUUGUCUACACCUCAAGAGUCUACACUAAGUUCACAUUCAACAGGUAUUCCAAUCUAAGAAGCAUAUUAACGAUGCUAAGGCGAAUUAGGUAUCGACGUGGUACUUCCAGGACUGUAUACGCUCUCCAGGUCGCGCAAAGAUAUCUCUUCCGUGGAAGAGUUCAGUGUGGUAGGAAACGUAUCCUUGUCCUCAUCACUGAUGGUCGUUCCCGUGGCAACUUCCGCAGACCAGCAUAUCAUUUGCGCCGAGCAGGAGUAGAGGUUAUCGCCAUUGGAAUCAGUAGCACAAGAAGAAGAAUCAGAACUACUCACCUCCUGAGAAUUGCUACAGAUUCACGACAUGUGUUUAGUAUUAACAUAAGGGAUCUCAGACGAUACAUUGCAGUCAUUAGAAAUCUUGCUUGCAGAGUUUCUGGAUCAUUCGAUGCUGCUGCCUUAUACCCUCUAAACAGCCGAUACCAAGGCAGAGACAUUUCGAAGAACAGAAACCCAACAGCUCGUCUGUACAACGUGGCACCCGCUGCAGGUCCAGACAAGCUUCCGCUAGGAUCCUUCUACUUUAGAGGAAUUGCAAACAGUUACAUUUUGUUCCCAAAAAGCCGAUGUCUUGACACCAAGAGAUCAAUUACCAUCAUUGCAUGGGUCUACCCUGAAAGCAGUGGUCCUAUCCUUCACUACAACCCAAGGGGCUGGGGUGUACAUCUUUGGAUGGCAUCAGCUGAUACUCUUUUGGCUAAAUUCGUACCACGCAAUCAGCGCGCAGUGUCAACUUUGAGUAGUCGUGGAAUCAAACCUCGUAGGUGGAACUAUUUAGCAGCCACAUACGAUUAUAAAAGCGGCGUUGCUACUCUCUGGAAGGAUUCUUCACCUAUUGCACAACGGCGCAUUGGUACCUUUGAACUUGCCACGAAUUACCCUGCCAUUAUGGGAUUGAGAAAUCAAGGUGGACAAUCCACAUUCAGGGGUCGAAUAGCCUGUCUGCAUAUUUAUAACACGGCGCUGAAUGGAAAACAGAUAGCAGGGCAAAAGGAGAAGUGUUUCAGAGCAUCACCUCCGCCAACUCCUACGCGUCGACCCCCAUCAAGAGAGACUAAAGUCAAAGCAAUUUAUCCAUUGUCCAAAAAAUACCGAGGUAAAGACGUUUUCGGAAAUCCAACCGGUCGAUUACAAAGGGUUACAUUUGCUAAAGGACCCGAUGGACGGCCCUUCAGUUCUACCCGUUUCUUUGGCAACAGAAAUAGCUUUAUUGAAAUCCCAAACCGAAGGAAAUUGGAUGCAAAGAAGUCCAUCACGAUCCUUGCUUGGGUGUACCAUGAAGGAAAAUCUGGACCAAUCGUCAAUUACCAACCAAGAAGAGGCUGGGGUGUCCAUCUGUGGAUGGUCGCACCACGAACCUUAUACGUGCGCUUUGUUAAGCGUAAUGGAAAGGUAUCUCCAGGCUUGGUAGGCUACGGAGGGAGACUUCCCUACAGGGCAUGGAACUAUGUUGGAGUCACUUAUAACUACCAAACUGGGUAUGCCAAAAUCUGGGUCAAUUCCAAGGUUGUUGCUUACAAACGAUUAGGACGCUUCAAGAUUGCAACACAGUACCCGAUCCGCCUCGGUGCACGAAGAGGCGACCGUCGUUACUUUAAAGGUCGACUUUUCUGCGUGCAGAUAUUUAGCAGAGUAUUAAGAGCUGCAGAAAUAAGGGCCGCCAGAAAAGUUUGCUUCAAACCAAUUCCACAAACCAGACCAACCACAAGACCAACCACACCAACUACAACAAAACCAUCAGGACCUGUUCGAGCCUCCGCCAUCUACCCACUCAACUAUAAGACCAAAACCCGGGACGUUAGCUUAUUUAGAAACAUUCCUGGAAUCCCAGUCGGUGUGCGUCUUGCCAAAGGCCCCGAUGGUAAGCGAGCUGGAUCAUACGAAUUCUUUGGCAGGCGAAACAGCUACAUACGAUUCCCAAAUAACGGUCGCAUUGACACCAAGAAGUCUAUUACGAUCAUCGCUUGGAUUUACCAUACUGGCCGCGCUGGACCAAUCUUUAACUACAUGCCUAAUGGAUGGGGAGUGCAUUUCUGGAUGACAUCCCCAAGGACUCUUUUCGUGCGCUUUACAAAACGUGGAAGCCGCCGAUUUACCCCUGCUCUCGCCUCCAGGCGUAUUACACCCAACAAAUGGCAGUACGUCGCAGCCACUUACAACUAUUUUACUGGUGAAGCCAAACUCUACUUGAACAGCCGAGUCAUUGCGUCUCGAAGAAUUGGCAGGAUAAAGCUUGCGACUAAUUAUCCAGUUAGAAUGGGAGCAAGGGUUGGUGAUGGACGAUACUUUAAGGGAAGAGUAUCAUGUUUACACGUCUAUGAUGUCGCUCUUAAUGGCAAUCAAAUUGCAAGAAGGAAAAGAAGAUGUUUCAGGAAGUGCAAAGGCCCCUGUCCAGGAGAUAAGACAUGUGCUGUCACCAAGGAUAUCGUCUUUGCUGUCGAUGCGUGCAGUCUCGACAGGCGUUACACGAAAGCUAAUUUCAUUCGCGUAAAGAAUUUUGUCAAAAGGAUCAUUGGUCUGCUUCGUGUCAAGCGCCGCUACGUCCGCGUCAGUAUUGUCAUUUAUGCAUAUACAGCCCGCAUCGUUGUGCCAAUCAACUCUAACAUGAAAAAGAGCAAAAUUUUCCGAGCUAUAGAUCGCAUGAAGCUAAUUUGCGGUGUACGAAACACUGGCAAAGCGAUACGGUUCUCUUUCUUUAACAUAUUCCGUCGAAGCAGACGUGACAAAGUGUUUGUCCUCAUAACAACUGGGCCAUCAAAGGACAGAGUCAAUAGACCAUCGUUAUAUCUAAAGAAGACACAAGUAGAGUCAUUUGCAAUCAGCGUUGGAAAACAUUACAAACUAGCUGAAUUGCUCCAGAUCGCAACCGAUAAGAGUCAUGUUUACACAGUGGGCUUCAGAAAUAUUGAGUCAUUGACUAUAAUGCUCAAAAAGAAGCUAUGUAGCUUGUUUAGACCCCCUGCAAAACCUACAAGUAGACCAACUAGACCAAGACCAUCCGGGCGUGCCCUGGCCGUCUAUCCGCUUAACACUAACGUUCGUGGAAGAGACAUCAGCCUUAGUCGAAACCGCCCUGGAAGACUGGUCAAUGUUCGUCCAGCACGAGGUCCUGACAGAACACGUGGUGGUGCCUACCGAUUCCUUGGACGGUCUAACAGCUAUAUUCAGUUCGCUAACCGAGGCAAGCUUGAUGCUAGAAAUUCCAUCACCUUGUUGGCUUGGAUAAAGCACGAUGGACGAUCUGGACCCAUCUUUAACUACAACCCUAGAGGAUGGGGAGUGCACUUCUGGAUGGUAUCUCCGAAGACACUCUUCGCUCGAUUUACAAGACGAAAUCGUCGACACCCAGCACCAGUUAUAUCUCAUCGGGUUCAACCAAGACGUUGGCAAUUUGUGGGUACCACAUACAACAGAAGGACAGGUGUUGCCAAGCUCUUCAUCAACAACCGUUUCGUGGCUCAAAGAAGAAUCGGUCGAUUCCAGAUCGCCACCAACUACAAUGUACGCAUGGGAGCCAAGAUUGGUGACAGAYGCUACUUCCGUGGCAGCAUCUCUUGUAUGCAAGUAUACGGUGUUGCAUUAAGCCGAAGACGAAUUAUGCGCAAGAAGACACGAUGUUUCCGCAGAAUUGUAAGGCCUACUGCAAGACCAACCAGACCCAAACCAUCUGACCGUGCAUUUGCUGUUUAUCCAUUGACCUCCAAUGUUGCUGGAAGAGACAUCAGCUUGAACAAAAAUCCAUCUGCUAGACUAGUUGGUGUUCGUCCUGCACGAGGUCCUGAUAAAACUCGCGGAGGAGCAUAUCGAUUUUACGGCAACAGAAACAGUUAUGUUCAGUUCCCAAAUAGAGGAAAAAUAGACACCCGUCACUCCAUCACCCUUCUUGCUUGGAUAAAGCACGAUGGACGUUCUGGACCAAUCUUCAACUACAACCCUAGAGGCUGGGGAUUGCACUUCUGGAUGAUAUCGCCAAAGACACUCUUCGCUCGAUUCACAAGGCGAAAUCGUCGACAGCCAGCACCAGUUAUUUCCCAUCGCGUUCAACCACGACGUUGGCAGUACGUUGGAGCGACAUACAACGGAAGAACAGGAAUUGCUAAACUGUUCAUUAACAACCGCUUCGUGGCUCGUCGACGAAUUGGUCGGUUCAAUCUUGCCACAAACUAUCCUGUGAGAAUGGGAGCCAAAAUUGGAGACAGACGUUACUUCCGAGGAGCAAUCUCUUGCAUGCAAGUAUACGGUGUUGCGCUAUCGAGAAGAAGAAUUUUAAGAAAAAAGACACGAUGUUUCCGUAAGAUAAUCAGGCCAACUCCCAAACCAUCUCGUCGCGCAUUUGCUGUGUACCCAUUGACCUCCAAUGUUGCUGGAAGAGACAUCAGCUUGAACAAAAAUCCAUCUGGUAGACUAGUUGGUGUUCGUCCCGCUCGAGGUCCUGAUAAAACUCGCGGAGGAGCAUAUCAGUUUUACGGCAACAGAAACAGUUAUGUUCAGUUCCCAAAUAGAGGAAAAAUAGACACCCGUCGCUCCAUCACYCUUCUUGCUUGGAUAAAGCACGAGGGACGUUCUGGACCAAUCUUCAACUACAACCCUAGAGGCUGGGGAGUGCAUUUUUGGAUGGUAUCUCCGAAGACACUCUUCGCUCGAUUCACAAGGCGAAAUCGUCGACAGCCAGCACCAGUUAUUUCCCAUCGCGUUCAACCACGACGUUGGCAGUACG